AGGGAACACAAGCAGGGGCAGAGGGCGAGGAAGAAGCAGGUUCCCCGCUGGGCAGGGAGCCCGAUACAGGGCUCAGUCCCAGGACCCUGGGAUCAUGACCUAAGCCGAAGGUAGACACUUAACGACUGAGCCACCCAGAUGCCCCAGGUAAUUUUUAAAAAGCAAAGAUUAAAAUUUCACUGGUGAUGUCAUGACCCAGGUUUGAGCCUUGUUAACGAGUUGGCUGCUUCCUUCUAGUUCCAGAUAUCAUGAACUCGACAGUGUUGUGUGACAGGGGCAACCCUCAUCCUGGACAGGCACUAUGCUUGGCCUAGGACAUUUCUGGGAUGAGUAGUAGCAGCUCACCAUGCACCUGUGUGCUGGCGCACGCACACACACACACACACACACACACACCCCUCAGGCCACUAGGCACACACUGUUCCCCAUCCCUAUGCCCUGGGAGGAGAUAGUAUCAAGUGUGGAUCAAAUGGAAGGCUAAAUUCAAGCCUCUGGGGAUGAGUCUCUGGGAAUGUAAGAGUGUGGCCAGAAGAGGACCAGUGAGUGUGUGUGUGUGUAUAUACAAGGCCGUGUGUACUUAUACAGUAUUACGUUGGAGGAGGCUCCCCCUGACUGCUCAGAACUCAUCUUGGAAGCCCACAAACUCUGCAUCACUCAGGUGUUCUUGUAUAUUAACUAUCCCUGAUGUGACCGGAAGCCCUUAAUUGUGCUGCCCAAGUGCAGUGCACAGCCUGGAUAACUGUACAUAACUGUCCUGUCAGGAGCCCACAGUUGGCCCAGCUGUGGAAAAGGAACCAGCUCUAUCUCACAUGUACCUCAGUUCCAUGUCUGAGGGCAGGAACCAAAAACAUUGAGAACUCACUCAAAGCAGGAGAGGAGAAUGGAGGUAAUGGGAUGAGAACAGCCACUGGCUCACCACCCACUCCGCCCUGGUAAGAAGGGAUAAGGAGAUUGCAAAAUGGGUAAGAACAUCCUCUCACCUAUCAGCUCAAGGCCGUAAUCCUGGGCCUCUGCUUCCCUAAGCUCUGUUCUAUUUUCACUCCUCUUUUCUACCCCAUUGGCUGCGAGGGUUUAGUGGGGACUUAAGGCCGGUUCUCAGGCAUCUUCUGGAUUUGGUCGUGGGACUGCACAGCCCCCCAUUACCUUUGUCCCUCUGCUCACCUCCUCCCGACAUUUUCCUGCACUGUCUGAUUCAUCAGACCCUCUUUGCUGAGCUCGGGAGGCCUCCGGCCUCUGAUCGAGGAGGGCCCAGGGUUAGAGAACCCAGCCGCCCUGUUGCAGGGGCUGCGGGGAAUAAGAUCUAGCCACCUGGGGCACAGGCCCCCCGCAGGCCUGGGAGAUGGGCAAUGUGAUGGAUGGGAAGUCCGUGGAGGAGCUGAGCAGCACCGAGUGCCACCAAUGGUACAAGAAGUUCAUGACUGAGUGCCCCUCCGGCCAGCUCACCCUCUACGAGUUCCGCCAGUUCUUCGGUCUCAAGAACCUGAGCCCGUCGGCCAGCCAGUAUGUGGAGCAGAUGUUUGAGACCUUUGACUUCAACAAAGACGGCUACAUUGACUUCAUGGAGUACGUGGCUGCGCUCAGCCUGGUCCUCAAGGGGAAAGUGGAACAGAAGCUGCGCUGGUACUUCAAGCUCUACGACGUCGAUGGCAACGGAUGCAUUGACCGCGAUGAGCUGCUCACCAUCAUCCGGGCCAUCCGAGCCAUUAACCCCUGCAGCGACUCCACCAUGAGUGCCGAAGAGUUCACCAAUACAGUGUUCUCCAAGAUUGAUGUCAACGGGGAUGGGGAACUGUCCCUGGAGGAGUUCAUCGAGGGCGUCCAGAAGGACCAGAUGCUCCUGGACACGUUGACACGGAGCCUGGACCUCACCCGCAUCGUGCGCAGGCUCCAGAACCGCGAGGAGGAGGAGGGUGGGGAGGGGGCAGGCGGUGGGGAGACUGAGGCAGCCGGCUGA